GUCAAAUGCAGUUAAAAACAUAACCUUUUGACCAUUUAUAUUAUAUUAACUGAAAUAAUUAAUAAUUACGGGGAUUUAAAGAAAAAAGAUCAAUCAAUAUUCAUAAAUCAAUCUAAAUAUGGCUUUAUGGUCUUGGGGUGCUAACUCACAUGGACAACUAGGUGUAGGUACUGCAAGUGAGCAAGUAGAUAAACCCACCAAGGUAGAAGUGCUCUUAUAUCAGACCAAAAUAAAACAAAUUGCUUGUGGAGGUGGACACACACUUCUGAUAGAUGACGAGGGGAAACUUUACUCUUGUGGAUGGAAUUCGAAACUUCAGCUAGCAAGAGAAACAGAAGUACAUAAUUUUGAAAGGACAUGGGCUUUGAGUGGCAUUAAAUUUACAAACAUUGUAUGCGGAUGGGACUUCAGCUGUGGAGUAACGGAUGACCAUUUCUUGAUUGUAUGGGGUUCCAAUGCUUAUGGGCAACUGGGUAUACCAUCAACACCAAAAGAAUAUUUCUCAGAUAUAAUGAAGCCAAUAAGACUUCCAGUGAAUGCUGUUCUGGUUUCUAUGGGUCUGAGGCACACAGCUAUAGUUAACUCCAAGGGUGAAGUAUGGACUACAGGAGGAGGCAGGCACGGUCAACUUGGUCUAGGAAACGAAAUUUUGUCCUCUGACAGGUUUCAGAAAGUGGAGGGUGUGGGUAAAAUUUCUCACAUAGCAUGUGGCCAAAACCACACAGUAGCUUGGUGCUCUGAGGAGAGAGCACUUUAUGUAUGGGGAGAUAACAAACAUGGACAGUUACUCCUGUCUUCAGAUAAAUAUAAAAAAAUAUUCAAACCCAAUAAAAUAGACAUAGGUAUAAAACAGGGAGUCAAAAAGUUAUUGAGUGGUUGGACUAAUGUUUUGUUAUGGUUAGAAGAUGGUACUCUUAUAGCUUGGGGCAGAAAUAACUGUGGACAGCUUGGCACUGAUAAAGCAGUGCCUUCAGGAACAUUCACACAUAUCAAGUUACCAGAUGGCAGACAAGUGCAAGAUGUUGCAGUGGGAUCAGAGCACACCAUUUGUUUAGCAACAGACAACACCCUGUGGGCAUGGGGAUGGAAUGAGCACUUCAACACAGGCAUUGAUAUAGGCAACAAUGUCCUGCAACCUACACUAGUGCCUUUAGAAUUAGAUAAAGAUUCAAAAAUUACCCAAAUAUUUGCUGGUGGUGCUCAAAAUUUUAUCAUUUUUGAUAAUGAUUAAAUUGUAAAGUAUCAAUUUACUUAGCAAUCUGUGAUAGGCCACAACAUGUUGUAGUAUCAUAAACAUGUCAUCAGAUGACUCAUGCUAGUCAAUGCAACAUAAUUUUGGUUACAAUUUUAAAUUGUUUUUAAAUGCAUUUUUUGCAAAUAUUAUUACUGAGUUAACUAUUUUACAUGCAUGUUUGAACUUAUUUACUCUGAUUUUAUAAAAUGUGUUGAUAUGUUUUCUACAUAUUACUAGAAUAGGUCUUAUUUGAACAAGAGCGCCUUUUUAGGGUUCCGUAGCCAAAAUGGCAAAAACGGAACCCUUAUAGUUUCGUCAUGUCCGUCUGUCCGUCUGUCCGUCUGUCACAGCCGAUUUACUCGGAAACUAUAAGUACUACAGUGAUGAAAUUUGAUGGGAAUAUGUGUUGUAUGAACCGCUACAAAAAUAUGACACUAAAUAGUAAAAAAAAGAAUUGGGGGUGGGGCCCCCCAUACAUGUAACUGAGGGAUGAAAUUUUUUUUUUCGAUGUACAUACCCGUGUGGGGUAUCAAUGGAAAGGUCUUUUAAAAUGAUAUAAAGUUUUCUAAAAAACAUUUUUCUUAAAGUGAACGGUUUUUGAGAUAUCAGCUCUCAAAGUCGUAAAAAGUAUGUCCCCCCCCCUCUAUUUUUAUAACUACGGGGUAUAAAAUUCUAAAAAAAAUAGAGGUGAUGCAUGCUAAUUAACUCUUUCAACGAUUUUUGGUUUGAUCAAAGUAUCUCUUAUAGUUUUUGAGAUAGGUUGAUUUAACUGUAAUUUACGGAACCCUUCGUGCACGAGUCCGACUCGCACUUGGCCGGUUUUUUGUAU